UUUGUUUUGUCUUUCGUUAUAACGAUGUCUGAGAGCUCAUCUGACUAUUCUAUUGUACAAAGAGAUGAGGCACAGAGAGAAUUUGUUGGUGGAAUGCAAUCGCUGGACAAAGCAAUUGAAUUGCUGUGUGAGGCUGAGAUCAGUGGAUUAACGCCUGCAGAAACUAUAAGAAGCAUUGCCGAGAGUUGUCUUCCUAUAAAUCAGGCCCACAAACACUUUAGCACGGUGAAGAAAUUUUGGGAAAGCGAAAAAGCACGUCUUUGUAAAGAAAUUGAGGUGCGAGUAGCCACAAUUAACGGCGUGAAGACCACUGUUUCAGAGAGGCAAAUGAAAGUGGAAUGCAUAAAUCAGCAACUUCAGGGUCUGAACCAACAAAUUAAUGACAGCGAACAGAAUGUUGUCCAAGCGAAAAGUGCGUUAAGUAGUGCCCAGCAAACUCUUGGCGACGCGGAAGGAAAGUUGAGAAGAAAAAAAGAACAACAAAAUACUGCAAGAGUUGGGGGAAUUCUAUCAUUCUUUGUUCCCGUAGUUGGACCGUUUGUCGGGACAGGGUUGUUGGCAGCAAGCUUCACAGCACUCGAAAAUGAUGUCAAAUCUGCAAAAAGUGGUGUCUCUACGGCAGAAAGUAACGUGAAAGAUUGCGAAAAUCGAGUGCAGGCGAAGAAAAGCGAAAAGGAAAACAUUUGUCAACAAUUGAGAGAUGAGGAAAGUCAGAAGCAGAUGACCGAGAAGGAAUUGCGAAGUCAAGAACAACAAUUGCAAAAUCUUCAAAAUGCCCAAAAAAGAUCCGUCGAGCUGAGCGACAAACUGAUGAAAACGUGCCACGUCAUGACAGAUAUUUGGGGGAAAAGCCGAGUGCUGAAUAACGAAGCGCGUCUUUUGUAUUAUUUGGAGCCAUUGCUGACGCCACUGAAGGAGAUUGUUGACAUGUUUACCCCAGAGGAACAGAAAAAGAUCAAAGAAAGCACUUUCCUGUUGUCGAGGGAAGUGGACUUCUCUGGCAUAUCGUUGAAACUGAAAGCUGUCGCUGAAGCAUCCCAAAGCGGUUCAGUCCAGGCAAUUUUGGAUGAUUACUCGUAACUUCACAGAACGUAAAAACAUACUUAGGUAUUCCUUAAUUAUAUCAUCCUAGAUAAUUACGUGACUCUCUUUGGGAUUUCAUAUACUAAAACAGCCCAUAAAAACCACUUAAAAAAGUACAGGAAACAAUUCGGAAACAAUAUUUCGAAUGAUUUUUUUAUAUAUUACGUAGUGAGUUCUAUAUAACACAUUUCACAUUAAGAAUCUUUAUACAAUGUUACUUAA